CACAGGAGUUGGGACCUCUGUAGUCCGCCAUUCGCAGUUUGCGCACUUUUUAUCAAGCCGUUGCCGAGUUCACAGUGAUUCAUUUGACGUUUAGUAGAGAUAAAAAGGAAAGGAAACAGCUGAUAAGAUGAGUUUGCCAAGAGUUUAUUUUGAUAUGAGUGCUGAUGGUCAGCAGGUGGGUCGCAUUGUUAUGGAGUUGCGCUCUGAUGUUGUACCCAAAACAGCGGAAAAUUUCCGUGCCCUUUGUACUGGUGAAAAAGGCUUUGGGUAUAAAGGUAGCAGUUUUCAUCGGGUCAUUCCCAAUUUCAUGUGUCAGGGCGGUGAUUUUAGCAAUCACAAUGGUACUGGUGGCAAGUCCAUUUAUGGUAUAAAAUUCCAUGAUGAAAACUUUGACCUUAAGCACACUGGCCCUGGCAUUAUGUCUAUGGCUAAUGCUGGCCCUAAUACCAAUGGGUCACAAUUCUUUAUUACGACAAUCAAAACUACUUGGUUAGAUGGCAAACACGUUGUCUUUGGCUCUGUCAUCGAUGGUCUAGAUGUUGUAAAGAAACUCGAAAGUUUUGGUUCACAAAGUGGUAAAACUUCCAAGAAAAUUAUCAUCACUGAUUGUGGACAAUUAAGCUAAACAAAAUACCAAGAUUCCGUUUUCUUCCUACGAAAUUUUUAAAUUACAACUGGACAAACGUUUGAUUCAAUAAGAAAGAUCCAAACAUAUAAAAAUUCGAUCUUUUAAUUCUUUAGACAAAAUCUAAACAAAUACUAUUUUUAAUGCAUUUAAAAGUUAUCAAGUUAUAAUUACUUUUUUUUUUUUACAUUUCACAUUUUCCAACUUGAAGAAUUGUGACAAGAACUACUGUGUAGUGUCCACCAAUAAAUGGAAUAUGUGUAAAGAA